AUGUUCAGGUUCUGNAAAACCACCAUGACACUGAUGGGGCGCCCCGACCUGUGCGACACGGCGGCCUUCAGCCUCACCAUCCUCAUCCUCACCAUCCUCAUCGUCACCAUCGUUAUCCUCACCAUCAUUGUUAUCCUCAUCCCCAUCAUCCUCUUAUCUUCAUCCUCACCCCCAUCAUCCUCCUCAUCUUCAUCCUCACCAUCAUCCUCCUCAUCUUCAUCCUCAUCCCCAUCAUCCUCAUCAUUAUCUUCAUCCUCAUCCUCACCAUUGUUAUCCUCAUCCCCAUCAUCCUUCUCUUCAUCAUCAUCGUCAUCCUCAUUAUCCUCCUCAUCAUCACCUUCAUCCUCCUCACCAUUAUUAUCCUCAUCCCCAUCAUUCUCAUCAUUAUCUUCAUCCCCAUCAUCUUCAUCCUCACCCCCAUCAUCCCCACCAUUAUCAUCCUCAUCCUCAUCAUCGUUAUCCUUAUCCCCAUCAUCCUCCUCUUCAUCAUCAUCUUCAUCCUCC